CGCCCCCGCCCCCGCCCCCGCCCUUCCCGGCUCCGGACCCGGGCCUGAGGACAUGGUGCAAAUUGAAAAGCAGAGAUAGACACUCUGGCGGCAACUUGGUCAUAGCGGUGUGCCCCCAAAGACUGCAUGCAGCAAGACCUUGACUGAUGCCCGCAGUGCAUCCUGCCAUGGACGGGGACUAUCCACCACAUGAUCCCCCCCAGACAGGAAAUAUUCUCUACAGCCUGCCCCACCUCCAAAGCCCCCUGCCCAGCAUUGAGAACUCGAUGCUGCAUUAUCCUUGGUGGAAUACUUUUGCCUAUUCAUCUGCACCUUACCCACCCUUGACCAGUGAAAACCAGCCAUAUUUGACUGCCCCUUCCUACCCCUACCCAGAUUCCAUCAACAGACAACAUUGCCUGGACGCAAACUAUGCAUCUGUGGGCUCUGCCAGCUUCUUACCAAAAAAUGGUGAUUUUCCUCAGGAUUCCUCGUACCUCGAUGACCCUUCCCUUUUCUCAUCUGAUUCCCUCUCGGAUAUCGCUGACUCUACAGAUUUCCAGCCUGCUGAAAACCUCAACCAGACUCUCUGGGAUGCGAACACUCCAUCACAAAACCAAGAAGAGCUGUUCACAUCUACAGGACAGUUUCUAGGUUUGGACAACUCAGUUGCUGCUAUCUCAAACACCCCACUGCUCGUGAGCUACCAGUCACAGACUCAGCCAGAGGACGAUGAUGAGGGUGACGAAGAGGAGACAGAAGAGCUGGGCCACACAGAAACCUACGCCGAUUACAUCCCAUCCAAAUCUAAAAUUGGAAAACAUCACCCAGACCGUGUGGUCGAAACGAGUACUCUCUCCAGUGUCCCUCCACCCGACAUCACUUACACCCUCUCCUUGCCCACUUCAGCGGCCGACAGCGGGUUGUUGUCAGCACUACAGUUAGAAGCCAUCACUUAUGCCUGCCAGCAACAUGAAGUCGUGUUACCCAACGGACAGCGGGCCGGGUUCCUCAUUGGAGAUGGUGCUGGUGUUGGAAAGGGCAGGACAGUGGCCGGGAUUAUCUUUGAGAACUUCCUGAAGGGCAGGAAAAAAUCCCUGUGGUUCAGCGUCUCUAAUGACCUCAAGUACGAUGCUGAGCGAGAUCUGAAGGACAUCAAUGCACCUCACAUUCCAGUGCAUGCUUUAAACAAGAUAAAGUAUGGUGACACAACUACCUCGGAAGGAGUCCUGUUUGCCACUUACUCCGCCCUGAUCGGGGAGAGCCAGGCAGGGGGACAGCACCGGACCAGGAUCAGGCAGAUUCUCGACUGGUGCGGAGAGAACUUUGAUGGAGUCAUAAUUUUUGACGAAUGCCACAAAGCCAAAAAUGCCAGCUCUACCAAAAUGGGCAAAGCAGUAUUGGACCUUCAGAACAAGAUGCCCCUUGCCAGGGUUGUCUAUGCCAGUGCCACAGGUGCCUCUGAGCCAAAAAAUAUGAUUUACAUGAGCCGCCUGGGGAUCUGGGGAAAAGGAACCCCCUUCAGAUCCUUUGAGGAAUUCCUCCAUGCGAUUGAAAAGCGGGGUGUCGGUGCCAUGGAGAUUGUGGCGAUGGACAUGAAAGUGAGUGGCAUGUACAUUGCCCGGCAGCUCAGCUUCUCUGGAGUCACCUUCCGGAUAGAAGAAAUCCCUCUCGACCCGUCGUAUGAGUGUAUCUACAACAGAGCAGCCCAGCUGUGGGCAGAGGCAUUGGUGGUGUUCCAGCGGGCAGCAGAGUGGAUUGGCCUGGAGUCCCGCAAGUCCCUCUGGGGUCAGUUCUGGUCCGCCCAUCAGCGCUUCUUCAAAUAUCUCUGCAUCGCCGCCAAAGUCCGUCGCUUGGUUGAACUUGCAACAGAGGAGCUGGCAAAGGGCAAGUGUGUAGUCAUCGGGCUACAGUCUACAGGAGAAGCGCGCACCCGGGAGGUCCUGGAUGAGAACGAUGGGCACUUGAACUGCUUUGUCUCUGCCGCAGAAGGCGUCUUUCUAUCACUAAUUCAGAAGCACUUUCCUUCAACCAAAAGAAAGAGAGACAAAGGAACUGGCAUUAAAAGAAAACGGAAGCCCAAAGGCCGGCCCGCCAAGAUCUCCAAGAUGGUGUGUGAGUUCCCAGGAGUCAUCAAGAUCAGUGACGACAGCAGCACGGACUCCGACCUUGGACUUGACAGUGACUUCAACUCUUCCCCGGAGUCCCUCAUCGAUGAUGAUGUCGUCAUCAUCGAUAACCCCUCUUCAGAUGACAGAGGUCCUUUGCACUAUUAUGGUUCCCAGAGGGAUAUCCACGGCCCUGGGGUGCUGGAAAAAGUCGAGAAACUGAAACAGGACCUUUUGGCCAAAGUCAGAGCACUGGGCAGAGAUCUACCUCUCAAUACCCUGGAUGAGCUCAUCCAUAAGUUUGGAGGCCCUGAGCACGUAGCGGAGAUGACUGGAAGGAAAGGCCGGGUUGUGUCCAGACCAGAUGGGACAGUCACUUUUGAGUCACGCGCAGAGCAGGGCCUUUCCAUCGACCACGUGAACCUGAAGGAGAAAGAGCGUUUCAUGAGUGGAGAGAAGCUUGUCGCCAUAAUCUCAGAGGCCUCCAGUUCAGGGAUCUCCCUGCAAGCAGACAGGCGGGUGAAGAAUCAGAGGCGCCGGGUGCACAUGACGCUCGAGUUACCCUGGAGCGCCGACCGGGCCAUCCAGCAGUUUGGUCGAACACACCGAUCGAACCAGAUCUCAGCUCCUGAGUAUGUCUUCCUGAUCUCAGAACUUGCUGGGGAGAGAAGGUUUGCCUCCAUCGUUGCAAAACGUUUGGAGAGUCUAGGUGCCUUGACCCAUGGGGACAGAAGAGCCACAGAGUCCAGGGACCUCAGCAAGUAUAACUUUGAGAACAAGUACGGAGCCAGAGCCCUGGACAGAGUCUUGUCUGCCAUCCUGAACCAGUCUGAGAACAAGGUCCCCCUGCCCAAGCACUAUCCAGGAGGAGAUGCCGCCUUCUUUCGAGAGAUGAAACAGGGCCUGCUGUCCGUGGGAAUCUGCUGCCGAGAGAUGAAGUUUGGCUGCAUCGCUGUCGAGAAGGACUGCUCCAUCACCAAGUUUCUGAACCGCAUCCUGGGCUUGGAGGUGCACAAGCAGAACACCCUGUUCCAGUACUUCUCGGACACCUUCGACUACCUGAUCGAGAAGGACAAGAAGGAGGGCAAAUAUGACAUGGGCAUCUUGGACCUGGCCCCGGGCAUCGAUGAGAUCUAUGAGGAGAGCCAGCAGGAGUUCCAGACGCCUGGCCACCCUCAGGAUGGACAGGUCGUCUUUUACAAGAUCAGUGUUGACCGAGGCUUGAAGUGGGAAGAGGCUUAUGAGAAAUCGCUACAGAUGACCGGUGCCUAUGACGGCUUCUACCUCUCCUACAAGGUGCGAGGCAAUAGGAAAAGCUGUCUGCUGGCCGAACAGAGCCGUGGGAAACACUUCAUCCUGUACAAACCCAAUAUCGGCAAGCAGAGCCAGCCCGAGAGCCUGGACAGUCUCUGUAGGAAGUACCGGCGGGUGACGGCCGAAGAUGCCAAAGAGCACUGGGAGAGCAGCUAUGACUUCUCGCUGACGCAUUGUAACCAUGCUGUCUGGAACCGACACUGCAGACUGGUCCAGGAGGGCAAGGAGUGCCUGCAGGGCGCCCGCCUGCGGCACUACCACAUGCUGUGCGGGGCGCUGCUGCGCGUGUGGAGCCGCAUCGCCAGCAUCAUCGCCGAGGUGACGAGCAGCAGCUACCUGCAGAUCGUGAGGCUCAAGACCAAGGACAAGAAGAAGCAAGUGGGCAUCAAGAUCCCCGAGAGCUGCGUGCCCAAGGUUCUGGAGGAGCUGAAGCAGAUGGAUGCCGACGUGAAGCGCAAACAGGCCCGUGCGGCCCAGCCCCUGGGCCUCCCAGACCCGCUGCAGCCCUUCCCUGCGGCCCUGCUGGGCCCCUGGCCACACCUCUCCAUGCACUCCAACCCCGGCGAGGUCCUGGACCUGACCUCCAGUCCCCUGGAUGACGGCCUCCCCGGCGGGCUCCUGAGCCUCGACUCGGCUAGCCUGCCUUUCUCCACGCCAGCACCCAGGUUCACCUACCCCCCGCCUCUGGACGGGCCGGGGCCCAGCCUGACCAGCAGCCAUGUGCUGCCCUCCCACGAACCCUUGCCUCUGCUGCAGCUUCGGCCCCCGCCGGACGACCUCACCUCCCAAGGGGACAUCAACUUCAAGGAAGUCCUGGAAGACAUGUUGAGGUCUUUGAACGUGGUGCCCCCGGAGAGCUCCCUGGGCCUGGGCCUGGAGCGACAGAGUGUCAUCCAAUUCAGCCCGCCCUUUACAGACUCCUAGGACCGGUAGCCCCUCCACCCCCUCCAACCCCCCCUCCACAGGCAACCCUUUAUGCCCUCUGUGGCCGAGGAGGCGGCAGGAGCCCCUGGAAGGGGCUUUGGGAGGCACUAACAUCGCUGUUUUAGGCUGUAAGUAGGAAGGGGGGACAGUGACUAGGAAACUAUGUAGUUCCUUUUAAAACAAAACAAUUUAUUUAUAUAUAAUAUACAUUCACACAUCUAUAUAAAUAUAAAUUUUUUAUGUUAUCUAUAAAGGGUAGGGGGACUGGAUGGUUUGCAUCCAAUGGCUGAGGCCUCCCAGCUCGGUGAUUUCCCCUCCCCCUUCUCCAGUCAUGCCGUUGUUAAAAGGAAUUGCCCCAGGUUUUGGGUGGCAGGGAACUCAAGGGAGUAAGUGAGCUGACCCCACACACACCCCGCCCAUUCCCCUAGGCCUCAAGGGCCAAAGAUAUAGGAGAGGUAAUGGGUUGCUGCACCCCAUUAUCUGUCAUCAGGCAGACUACUGAGAGGGAAGGUGCCGGGCUGUGGACACCCUCACAUCCCCCAGAGCGCUGGGAGCAGGGCUAUAGGGAAGGGGUAGCCCUCCAAACUACCUUAAACUGACUUUCCUGAUCCUACUUCCGGGGCCUGAGCCCAGGCUCAUCGCCUCCUCCCAGCUCCGCAAGAGAGAUAGGUCUGCCUGGGGAAUCCACAGGAGAAGACAUCACUGCCCUCUUCAGAAGGACCAUAGCUUAGAAUGCCAGACUGAUAGAUCUGAGAGGAGGGGACUUCACUGUGCCCAGCUCCCUCCCUCCAGAGAUGAGGGAGCCAAGCCAGGACCAGAACCCACAGCUCCCAAGUCCCCACUCAGGGUUCUCGGCAUUUCUCUGAGUCCCAUCCUGAGAAAGGCCAUUUAAACCCUCUGGGCACUGCCAGAAAGAGUCUGCCAGGGAAGCCGAGUCUGCCAGGGAAGCCGAGCCUUCAGGUUCUCUCUGUCCUCCUAAAGGGCCCCUCGUUCUCCCUGAAAAGAAUCAUGGAAUAUCAGCACUAGAAGAGGUGGUAGAGAUCAUCUAAUUCAGCCCCCCCCCUCAUUUUACAGAUAAGGAAACUGAGGCUCGGGGCUCUCUCUGCUUCAGCAUCCUCUGCCUCUGAUUAGUUUCCUCCCGCCAUCUUUCUGGCCUCCUAGUGGCUUUGUUUUCAGUCGUCUCCUGAGGAAUCGGCAGACAGCUCACUCUAGCUGGGAUGGUUGGUCCAGUUGGCCAUUUAGAGAGGAGAAGGUUGGGGAGGGGGCAGUAAAGAGUGAUAACGACCCCCCCCACUUGAGUCUUGAAAGUCUGUACCCCCAUUAUCUAGGGCCGAUGAGUAGCUUAUCCUGGCUGAUUCUCCUCUUUCCCCACUUCUUCCUCCUCACUGUUUUUCAGGGGGAGGAGGGACAGGGGCUCAGGGGAGAUGCUGAGUGAAUGAGUUUCAGGGAGCUGUGGCUGGAUUUUAUCUGGAUUUCUCUUCCCUGGGUCUCCACCCCUCGCCCUGACCUUGUGCCCAAAGGGUAGCAGUGGGUCCUUAUCUCCUCUUAUCUUCCAGGGCAGCACCAUUCUGCUCCUCCUCUUCCUCCUCCCUCUCUAUUUAUAAUGUCCCCUCUCCAGUGUUGGGGAAACUUGGCACUGAUUGCCGGAACCCCCAGAACUGUGGGAGCUAUAAACUCAGGAAAAACCGAAGGUGCUCUCUCUUUCCCUUCCUCUGUCUCUGUCCCCAACCCCCAUGAGCAGGAUGCUUUUCAUGGGUGAAUUUCCCCACCAUCACCGCCUUUUAAUAUAUGCAAUUCUCUCCUCUAACCAUAUAGCACCUUCACCCCCUGACCCCAGGACAGGCAGGGUCAAAUAUCCGUCACUGGGGAUUGUGCCCCUAAGUUAUUGCCUCAGUCCUACUGAUGGUAUGUUGUGUGUGUGUGUGUGUGUGUGUGUGUGUGUAUGUGUAUGUGUGAGUGAGAGAGAGCGCCUCAUGUCAUCCCUUCCCCUCUGUGCACUUUGGAAUCUGCUUGUUAUGUUGGGCCUUCUUGGAUUUCUAUGUGUAUUUAUAAUUAAUUGAAAUGUAUAUAUGUAAAGAGAUUUUUUUUUUAGAACAUGUGCCUUUUGACUAAUUCCUAAAUUUUCUACUUGUACCUUACCUUGAAGAAUAAUUUUGCAUUCAUUCUGCUCAGUAAAGAUGGAAACUCAUGGGCCA